GCCCAUGAUAAUGAAACACACUCGAUAUAAGGAUAAAAUUUUUAUUGGUAGCACUGAUGCUCUAUAGCACGUAAACAUGGCGAUCGCCGUGAUCGUUCUUGUUUAAAGAGAAACAAGAUCGUUUUUGUAUUUUAACACUUAACUUUUCACUUUAAACUAAUUAAAAAUAGAACAACAUGGGGAACGUUAAUACAAAAUUAAAUUUUCGUAGAGCGAUCUUGCAACUAAUGUCGACAACGCAGCCGAUCGAUGCUUCAGAUGAUAAAUUGUGGGACCAAUUUUGGUCUGAAAACGUAACUAAUGUCCAAGAUAUAUUUACUUUAAUCGCUGCAUCUGAUAUUCGUAUAUUGAGAAGAGAUGCACCAUCUAAUUUAGCCAAGUUAUGUUACAAAGCAGUGGAAAAACUAGUGAAAGCAGUUGAUAAUAGUUGUCGAACACAAAGGGAACAACAAACUGUUUUGAACUGUUGCCGUUUAUUAACAAAAUUAUUACCUUAUAUUUUUGAAGAUCCUGAUUGGAAAGGAUUCUUUUGGUCUAGCUUACCUGGCAAAGAUGAUGAAAAAAGUAUUCCAUUGGCCCAUUCUUUACUUAAUGCACUUUGUGAUUUAUUGUUUUGUCCUGAUUUUACAGUAGCUGCAAAUAGAAAAUCUGGACCUGAUAAAGCAGAAGAAUUGCAAUCUAUAGAUAGUUGUGAAUAUAUUUGGGAAGCUGGUGUGGGAUUUGCACAUUCACCCCCUAGAUACCCAAUUUUAGAUUCAAACAGAACAGAAUUGUUAAAAUUGUUACUUACAUGCUUCAGUGAAACCAUGUAUGAUCCUCCAAUGGAUCUUUCAGUUACACCAAACAGAUGGAUCCAGUAUUUAACUAGUUCUGAAAAUAGACAUGCUUUGCCUAUGUUCACAUCAUUGUUGAAUACAGUAUGUGCGUAUGACCCUGUUGGUCUUGGAGUACCAUACAAUCAUUUAUUAUUUACUGAUUCAUUAGAACCAUUAGUGGAUGUUGCAUUACAAAUCCUUAUAGUAACAUUAGAUCAUGAUACUAGCGGUGGUACUCCGUUAGAAGAAGGAACUGUUGGAAAUAAUUUAUUCAUUAAUUAUCUUAGUCGUAUUCAUAGAGAUGAAGAUUUUCAGUUCGUACUGAAAGGAAUUACUAGAUUAUUAAAUAACCCAUUGAUGCAAACGUAUCUCCCAAACUCUACAAAAAAAGUACACUUUCACCAAGAGUUAUUGGUGUUCUUUUGGAAAAUGUGUGAUUACAAUAAGAAGUUCUUAUACUAUGUAUUGAAAAGUUCCGAUGUUCUUGAAGUAUUGGUACCUAUAUUAUAUCAUCUAAAUGAUUCACGAGCAGAUCAAUCACGAGUUGGAUUAAUGCAUAUAGGAGUAUUUAUUUUACUGUUAUUAAGCGGAGAACGUAACUUUGGCGUUAGAUUAAAUAAACCAUAUACAGCUACAGUACCUAUGGACAUUCCUGUUUUUACAGGUACACAUGCUGAUUUGUUAAUUACAGUUUUUCAUAAGAUAAUUACAACUGGACACCAAAGACUACAGCCACUAUUUGACUGUUUAUUAACAAUUCUAGUCAAUGUUUCUCCAUAUCUUAAAACACUAUCAAUGGUGGCUAGUACUAAAUUAUUGCAUUUAUUGGAAGCAUUUAGUACACCGUGGUUUUUAUUUUCCGCCCCCACGAACCAUCAUUUAGUAUUUUUCCUACUUGAGAUCUUUAAUAAUAUCAUCCAGUAUCAAUUUGAUGGAAAUAGUAAUCUGGUUUAUACUAUAAUACGUAAAAGACAAGUGUUCCAUGCAUUAGCAAAUUUACCAAGUGAUUGUAAUACAAUUGCAAAAUCCCUUAGUAAAAGACAACGUAGACAUGUAUCUGCUAGUACAUCUCAUGAAAAUGUUAACAAAGCAGUAAUGGAAGGUUCACAUCCUGCACAGCCAGCAGAACCUGGAACUUUAAAAGCAUCCUUGUUAGAAACUCCAGGUAUCGAAAAAAUGACUGAGAAAGAAUCUGCACAUCCGUUAAGUCCUUCAGUAAAUGUUGAUGUAGGGAAGUCUAAUCACCAAAACAAUGUGGGUGGUACAGAAGAUUUAAUGAACUCUACUAAAAAUUCUGUUAUACCAAAGGGAGGCAUCAGAGUUGCUGAAUAUACAAAUUCCUCUAAUAAUAUAAAUCAGUGGGUCCCUUCUAGCGAAUGGGUAUAUCAGUGGAAAAGCAAACUUCCACUACAAACUAUUAUGCGUUUACUUCAAGUUCUCGUACCUCAAGUUGAAAAAAUAUGUAUCGAUAAGGGUCUGACAGAUGAAAGUGAAAUUUUGAAGUUUUUACAACACGGUACAUUGGUCGGUUUAUUACCAGUACCACAUCCUAUUCUUAUCAGAAGAUAUCAAGCCAAUGCAGGAACAACUGCUUGGUUCAGAACGUAUAUGUGGGGUGUUAUAUACUUAAGGAAUGUUGAACCUCCAAUUUGGUAUGGUACAGAUGUAAAGUUAUUUGAAAUCCAAAGAGUUUAAACACAGUGCAUAUUAUUAAGUGAAAUUUCUAUACUAUUCUAGCAUGAAAUAUAGCCAUAAUAUAAAGAAAUAAAUGUUAAUGAUAUAUGAUUAUUAGAAGUUACUCAAAAUUCUUUGACUACUUAAUUUAUACAGUAAUAACAGAGAACAUCAUGUUAUUAUGGAAUAAAGCGUUUAAUAAGAAAAAUUAAAGAACUUACAAAUAAGACUACAGAAUAUCUUAAACUUAUUUAGUUACUUACUUUAUGACAACAUGAUGUUCUUUCUUAUAAUUAGCAAAUCAAGUAGUUAUAGUAGUUUUGAUAAAAUCAUAAUUAAUUCAUUUAUUCUUUUUAAUUUACCUUUUACGCUUUUUUAACG